AUGUCACGACUCAUCUAUUACCUUACUUUACUUUUGGCUUUUGUUGGGGCUGCUUGUGCCCAGGUUUCAACAAUUAACACGCCUGCAGGUCCCAUUGCAAUUGGUGCUACUAUUACUAUCACCUGGGUAUAUACUCCACAAACGAAUCCAAUUCAAGGCAUUUUAAGUAUUGUCGAUAGCACAACCCAAAACACAGUCAUAAUUAGCAGUACCAUAACUCUCAGUACUCAAUCUUUCCAAUGGACAGUCAAUGUUCCCGCGGGCACUUAUUACCUUGCUCUCAACGACGGUUCUGGUAAUAAAGAUACUGGAACUUUCACAGUCUUCGCACCCGGAGGUACUACUACUCCCCCAGCCAACAGUGGCAGUAGCAGUAGUGGCAAUACCACUUCUAAACCAGCAACAGGUUCUCCUACAACAGCACCAACAUCAUCUGAUGCAGCUAUAAGCUUCACAGGAUCAAGCAUUAAACUUCUGUUUAGUCUUAUUGUAGUAGCAGCAGCAAUGGUGCACUUUGCCUAA